UUUUUUUUUUCUCUCUCCCUCAAACAGCAUCAAAAAAUAUUUCACAACAUGUCUUCACAACCUCCCCUUCCUCUGCCUCCAUGGCUGCCCCCUCAGCUCUCUCAGUCACCAUCUCCGACUCUCCACGCUCUCAGCACGUCUCUCCUCCCGCACCUCCUCACCGCAAUCUCCCAGAUCGGCGCGUCGCUGCGUACUUCGCAUCACGUAGCUCUCGCCGGAUCAGCAAACCUGUUUGGAGAUGACCAGCUCAACGUGGACGUCUCGGCUGAGAACGCGGUUCGCGCAGCGCUGGCGAAAUGCCCGCUUGUAGUGACAGCAAGCAGCGAGGAAGACCCGCAAGAGAAGGAGGUCCAUCAGGGAGGAGAAGCUGCUGCUGCUGCUGCUGCUGCUUCGGAUGAGAGAUUCUCAGUUGCCUUUGAUCCUCUUGACGGCAGCUCCAUCAUAGGCGCAAACUGGUCCGUGGGCACAAUCUUGGGAAUCUGGAAAGGCGAAACCGCAUUGGGCAAGAGCCCCAAAGAGCAGAUCUGCUCGAUACUGGGCGUUUACGGGCCGCGGACGACUGCAAUCGUGGCCAUACGAGAGAAGCCGGAAGAUGCCGGCCUAUGCUUUGAGCUUGGGCUGGACGACAGCGGCUGCAACAUUGAGCUCGUCCGGCCAAACGUCAGGCUCUCCUCGCCGCCGUACAAAACGCGAUACUUUGCCCCCGCCAAUCUACGGGCUGCUGCCGAGUCACCUUCCUAUGCUGAACUUGUUGCCUCUUUCAUCAGGGAAAAGUACACGCUGCGGUAUAGCGGGGGGCUUGUUCCGGAUCUGGGCCACAUUCUUACCAAAGGCCACGGCGUGUACAUUUCGCCUGUGACGCGGGCGAGCAAGGCGAAGCUGAGGAAGCUGUACGAGCUGUUUCCUGUAGGGUUGGUGGUGGAGUGUGCUGGAGGUAAAGCUGUGGAUGAGAAUGGGCGGGAUGUGUUGGAGAAGGGGGUGGAGGGCUGUGAUGAGCGGGGAGGCAUCAUAUUUGGAAACACGGAUGAGGUUGAAGAAGUGGUCAAGGUGUUGCUGGGAUGAUGGGCUUGGAUAAGAUAGAUGUACACUCUCUCGCGAGGUUAAAUCAGUUACAAGGGGCAAAUAUGAGGGCAUGUUUUACAUGUGGGAUAAGUGUGUAUCAGCUCAUUAAAAUUAACCAAAUUCAUCCGCUAGCUAUGAUAUCACAUAGUCUCGUAAG